AUGCGCGUCUCUGUCCCAAACAUCCCCGAAGCCAUCCUCAGGUCUGCAAAUGCGGCUCAGACUCGUGCAAUCUUACCUGCGGAAGCGGUCGAACGCAUAGCGACCUUCUUGUCGCCAGGAAAUGCAGCCGUUGUCACCGGAGCGGGUGUCAGCGUCGACUCGGGAAUCCGAGCGUACCGCGGCGCGAAGGGGAGGUACUUGAACCCAAACUACAAGUAUUACCAUGAGCUCAUGGAUCCUUCGCCGAAGGGCGCAGCGUUCAGACGACGAUACUGGUAUGUGCACCCUCUGCUCCUCUGGUCGCUACGGUCAUACCUCGGCUAUCCUCCCGUCCGCGACGCGCAGCCGAAUACAACACAUUUCGCUCUCGCAGCCCUGCAAUACACCUCCGUCGUGAACAAGGUUAUCACGCAGAACGUGGACGGCUUGCACCACAAAGCUAUCGCCCAUGUCUGGGACACAACGCGCAUGGACCAGCGCAUACUAGAACUUCAUGGGAGGUUGAGGAGUGUUCGGUGUGCGCAUGGGCACAUAACGGAUAGAAAUAUAUUCCAGCAGCAGCUCUCCGUUGCAAAUCCAGAAUGGAAAGCAUUCGCAGACGAACUUGAAGCGACUGGUAGACAGCCGCGUACGAACCCAGAUGGUGAUGUGGUGCUGGAAGGCGUCAACUACGACGAGUUCGUCGUACCUGACUGUCCUGAAUGCCUACUGGAGCAUAGACAUAACAAUAUCCAAAAACCAGAAGUAAUAUUUUUCGGCGAAUCAAUCACCAAGGAGUCAGGGAUCGCUCGUAAGCAUUUAUUCCACGAUGUCGAGAGAUGUGAUCGUCUUCUUCUCAUGGGCACUACGCUGGCAACGUUCUCCGCCUUCAGACUACUCCGACACGCUAUGGACCUGCACAAACCGGUCUUGCUCCUCAAUCUCGGACCCACACGCGCAGAUGGCUUGGCGGGUGUGGAUAAAAUUGACAUUGCGAGCGGUGCCGUCAUGCGAGACGUUGUCAAAAGUGUCCUGGGCGCUGGAUGGACGACAGAUUCUGUCGUGGCGGACCUGCUACAAAGUGGUAUCGUCAAACCGCCCCCUGACGAUCAUGAUGAUACGGCACCGAGAGUGGAGGCAUGA